CAACGUCCUUCUCUCUUAAAAUCAAUGGAGACCGGCGAUUCAUCCUCAGACGAAGAUGAUUCAAUCCCCUUACCCCAAAUCUUUACGUUUCCCAGAACCCCAAGAACCCCAAUCCCAAACCCAUCAAAAACCCUAAAAAAAUUCAACAAAGACGGCAUAGUUUGGGCAAGAACCUCCCCUCAAACUUGGUCCCCUGCCAAAAUCACCGCCGUCGUCAACGGAUCCAAAGCUCCGGUCUCCCUCUUCGGUUCCAACAAUACCCACGUCGUCAAUCUCUCCCAGACCCGGGGGUUUGAAGAGAAGCACGGCGCCAUGGCGGAAAUCGCCGGGCCCGAGCUUUCAGAUGAAACUGAAAUCGCCUUGGAGGAGUUGGGCCGCAGGGCAGCGAUGGGCUUGAUGUGUUCUUGCAGGACAAGCCCAGAUUUCGACGGCCCAGUGGGAUCCGACGUCGAGUUUGAGCCGGAAGACGGAAGAGAUGUUGGGUUUUGUUAAGGAGAUGGCUCUUCGUGCUUGGGUUGGUUUGGAGGGGGCUGCGAGGGCCGUUAGGUUGUCCGCUCAAGCUAACGGGUACCGGCAUUACGUGUCGGUGUGUGGGACCUGCGGAGUUGGUGAGGGUUUAUUCGCGGAAGGUUUGUUAGGGUUCUUAAAGGAUUUGGCUGUUUGUUGGGGUUCAGAUGAGUGGGAGGAUGAGAGCGUGGGUUGUGGAGUGGAGAGGAUUCUGGCACAUCGGCGGUUUGUUUCCGUGAAGCCCGGUUGGAUGUUUCGGCAGAGCUUGGGGGUUGAAGGUGGUUCUGACAGCGAGGUGGAAGAUGAAGGAAGUUGGGGUGAUCUAUCUGAACCCUUGUCAGCUGAUGAGAUAGAAUCAGGAUUUAGCAGUGUGUUUGAAAAUGAGGCUUUCUCAACUGAAAUCCAAGAAGAAGAAUCUGAAAUAUACCAAGAGCAGAUGCAAGAAGGGAGAGAGCUUUGUUUAAUCAAUAGGCAAGAUUAUAGCAUCCUUGAUUUGGACGAAGAAUAUGGAUGUAUGACAUCAUUUGAUCCUGAUGGUGCAGGUGAAGAUAACUUUAGCAAGAAAUAUUUUUUUGUUCAUGACUUGUGCAUGGAUAGUUCAUUACAAGAAGUAGACAUUGACGUUGGAAUAGAAUGCACUAGAAGCAUUUCACAUGUGACAGAUACUAACCAAAUAGAAGUAGUGGAUGACUUGUCUACAAAUAGCUCAUCAAAGGAAUCAGACAUCAGGAUGGAGAUGGUGAAAGAUACAAAUCAAAUAGAAGAAAAGAGGCCCAAAUUCCAUGAGGAUGAGUCAGCAAAUUCUUCACAGUGUCGCAACACAGAAUAUAAGUUAGGAAGCACAGUAAGUUCUUCUGGGGACAUUUCACAGUCAGUACAUAGAGCAUCCGAUAUCACUUUCGAAGAGAGCAUUACACCUCACUUAGCUGAGGGGUUUCCUAGAAGCCCUUCCAGAAAUUGUGCACAUUCUUCUGGUGAAAGGGAUGAUCUUCGACUUUGUGCUAGGAACAAUAUCAUUAGCGUUAGUCAAGGUUCUCAGUGUGGUCUUCUGGAUACUAUUUCCAGUUUAGCUGAAGCUUCAGAUGAACCUGUUGUUAAGAAAAGGAGGUGUGACUCAGUUAAUUCUUCUUCAAUACCGAUAUCUGCAGCAAGUGAGAAAUUUUCAGAGACUACUACUUGUUUAGAAGGAAAGCUGUUGAGAAAUCCUGAAAGUGAAUCUCAAACAUCCAUUUCUGACGUGAUGUUGAAAAUUAAUGCAGACCAAAGUGAACCCCUGAAUACUAAUUCUUGUACAAUUUCUCAACAAGAAGCUACGGAGGCAGCUGUUGCAAAGAAGAGGACUAUGGCCGCAUCCUUGAGAAAGAUAGAAUUCUCACCCCGCAUGAUGAGUUUUAUUCAUUUUGCCAGUGAUGAAGUUCUUUCUCACUUUAAUGACAUUGUUGCAAGCAAAGCAACUGAUAAAGACAACACCUCCUGUGGAUUCAAAGCUUCUCGUAAGAAGCUCCAUCGGCAAAUGAUUCCUGAUUGGCAUAGAUGCUAUGCGUCUCCAUUGACAAGGUCUGGAUCAAAUUCACCCUUCAAAGCUAGAAAAUCUCCGUCAGAUGAUAAAAUCAACAGUUUUCCCAAGUCAUUGCACAUGAAGUUUCCAAGAGAUUUCACUUUACCAUCCAGAGAAGCGCUAGAAAAGAAAUUCGAAAUGUUCGGGCCAUUGAAUUAUUCAAAAACAAAGAUCUUCGCUUACACUGGAGCUGCUCAAGUUGUCUUUUGUCGUCAAAAUGCUGCAUUUGCUGCUUAUGAGUAUGUGAAGAAGAGGAAUUUAUUUGGGCAAGCAAAUGUUCGGUUUUGGGUUGAUCGACAUGAGAAUAUGAGGAACGGAAUGCAAAGCAAGCCUACAGUUACACAUUCAUCUCUGAAUCUGAAAUCAUGUCUUAAAAGACCAGAAAGGGAUAAGGGGAGGGAUACAGAUAAAGAAAAACUUAGAGUACGGUUUUCACUUGAAAAGAAGCCAGUAUCUACAAAAUUUAGAGAUUAGUGGUCAUUGGUUAUUAAGCCAAUGCCAGUUUUUGUAGUUUGCACACAUUUGAAGUUGUUGUAUAAGGUUUUUGAGUUUUGACCUAGAAUGGGAUUAAAAUGAUAGUGGGCAUUUUGAUGUAAGUUUUGCGGAGUAGAUGAUUUGUUGGAGUUGUUUGAGAAAGGUCUUUCUACUUCAUCCUAAAUAUUGUAGAAAGCUCAAAAGUC